AAAAAAAAAAAAAGGAAAAGAGUUUCUUUAAGGGAAGCUUGGGUUUUCCCACAAUUCUUUCUCUAAGCCUAAGGCUCACGUGCAAUUUUUCAGCAUUCAUUUCAUGAGAAAGCUUAUACACUGGUUCCGUAGUUUUCUUAAAGCGCGGCGUGACCGUGAUUCCGUUCUCGGUGAGCCAGGAAGCACAAGCGUCACCAUGUCAACAGCUCAAAAUGAGCCGCCUGCAGAGGCUACCCCCCAACCAGUUCAGCCAGUUCAGCCAGCUCAGCCAGCUCAACCAGCUCAGGAAGCUAUAAAAACCGAGAAAGCCCAGGCACCUACACAAAAUAAUAAGAGCACGAAGGGCGAGGCGGCUGAAGUUGCAAAACCGCAAAAACCCUCGGGCGCGGAAUUAAAGGCCAAAGCCAAAGCAGAGAAGGCUGCAAGACGUGCCCAGGCAAAAGUGUCAAAAGAAGUCGCUAAGGGGGAAGCUGCUGUAUCAUCAACUCCCGGCCAGUUAGGUCCAUCUGCGGGUGAAGUGAAAGGGGGCAGAGGCAAGGGCAAGCAGGAUGGUGGCGCAACGACUGCCUCGGGAGCGGCAGGAAGGCCAGUAGUGUCUAAGGGGCCUGUGCCUGUUGUUCUACCCGAGCCAAAGUUCACGAUACCCGAAUGCUUUAGUCAUCUGUCGAUGGCUAAGAGAAUCCCGAUAACUCAAGCAGAUAAAGAUGUCCAUCCAACUGUCUUGGCACUGGGUCAACAAAUGGCCACAUUCACAAUCGACGAGAGUAUCACGAGACUAAAAGCAACCCUUUUGGCCUUUAAGAAGGUCAUCAAUUCAUACACUACCCCCCCUGGCAACACUCUCGCGAGACAUUUAACUCCUCAUGUAUUGAAUCCUCAGAUUGACUACCUUACAGCAUGUCGGCCGAUGUGCUUUUCUAUGGGGAAUGCUAUCCGUUGGCUUAAAUUGCAGGUUAGCAAGAUCGAUCCUGAUGUUCCUGAAGCAGAGGCGAAGAAGCAACUAUGCAGCAACAUAGAUACCUUCAUACAAGAACGAAUCAGCAUGGCUGAUCUCGUCAUAACUGAGAAGACUUCUGAGAAGAUCCAAGAUGGCGAUGUUGUACUGACGUUUGGACGGAGUACUCUCGUCGAACAAGCCCUUCUCCAGGCUCACACCAUCACUCAGAAGAAGUUUACAGUUACUAUUCUCGAUGACCCAUAUGAGAGAAAGGGGCAGACACUAGCGAAGAAUCUGACCGCAGCGGGAAUAAGAGUGUCUUACUGCGGCGAUUUUGGUGGAUUGAGAUGCUAUCUACAGGGCGUCACGAAGGUUAUAGUUGCUGCUGAGUCUAUGUUUAACAAUGGAUCCAUGUAUGCACGAUCAGGUACUUGUGACCUUGCGAUUGCCGCAAAGCAGCUGGAUUUACCUGUUAUUGUUCUCUGCGAGACCGUCAACAUUACCGAGCGAGUAUCAACGGAUUCUCUUACGUACAACGAGAUUGACCCUGAGCGAAGUUCAAGCGCCUCUUUCAGACUAUUAUAUGAUACCACACCGGACAAGUACCUAUCGCUCAUCAUCUCGGAGCUAGGAACGGUGCAACCAACGUCAGUGCCAGACUUACUACGAAAACUUGAAGAGUCCAAUUAGAAAGGGGGCCCGAGAGAAUCGAGGUAUUUAGAUAAUAGGGCGGACUCGGGCUGAAUCUUUCAACCUACUUGGAGAUUUCAAUGAUAUGUCAAGGCUCCUAAGUAGUACCCAUAACUGGGUAGAAAAUACAAGAUCGUUAAACACAUGAAAUAUCGUGCUGCAUUCUUAAGUGAAGAACAUGUUGGUUUGCUCUUAAUUGCUGACCCUUUAUUCCGUAGCCUCUAUAUGUACAUUGAACCGAGUAUGCGAGAUAGGGUACUUUUCACGCGGUUGCCGCCGCAUCCCUCGCAGCCUUCCGUGCUCUCUUCUCAAGGAUAGACUGUUUCCGCGCCUCCAAGAUUGCCGAUUGCCUCUCGUCAACGCCCUGUAACCAGUAUCCGAAGCUUGCGCCGACUCCGGCAAAGACCGGGUAAGCCCAUAGGGAACCCCUGUUGAAGAAAGGUCGCAUCUCGAGGCCGAGUUGCCAGAAGCGGACGGCAACGCCUGUGUUAAUAGGUCAGCCAUAAUUCGCUUGGUGGAGCGUUUGCUCUCCGAUCUCUAAAGUCAUACCGAAGCCUCCCCAGAAAACGACUCGAUGCACCAUUGCGAAUGUUCGGAGCGGAGUGUUGCCUCAAUUGCUCAAUUGGCUGGUCUCGUAGUUUAUUUCGUAUGGUAGAAGCGCUCUACUUGGCCUGAAGUAGCGGUAGGCCUGCCUAGGUGGUGGAGGGUUGAGGUACUAACACUGACACACUGACGUGAAG